AUGGCUACUUGGCAGGUGGAGGCUUUCCAUGCACAGCAGCAGGAGGCCUACGAAGUCCGCCGGGCAGCACUUGCCUCCACUAUGCUUACUAGAUGGCGGGCCAUCGAUUUCUUGGAAAAGGUCCUCGCUCGUGGCACCAACUGCGAGGUGCUGCUCCUGACAGGCUACAUCUCGGCACAGCGGUUGCUUGGGGAGGAUGUCCUGGCCUCGAAGGUCGCCGAGCUGGCACUCUGCGCGGCCUUGCGGCCCAAGCAGCUGCCCGUGAAGUGGUCAGGUGACGUGGCAGCCGCCGCCCAGGAAAUCUCACAGAUGGCGGCGGCCAUUGCCAAAGGCCCCAAGCUGAAGGUUGAAAUGGAGGAGCCGAAGGAGCGAGUCGAGGAGUCGAGUGGGCCCGAGCGCAUCGCUUCCACGCCAUACUGUGCUGACGACGAAGAACCCAGGAGGAUCUUUUUGGUGGAUGCGGUGAAGCGUGACCUGCCGCGGCCAAUCUCGCUGUACCAGGCCCUGGAGCCAAAACCGGUCGAAGCAAGCCCCAAGGUGCUGAUCCGACGACUGGGAGGGGCUACAGUUCAAAGCUCCAGUGACAAGGAGAUACGGCAGUCGGGCUUGGGCGAGUUGCGUGCAGUGCUGGGCUUGGAGGGCGAUGACUUGGGCUGCUUCCGGUCUCCUUGCGGAAUGGCCGUGGACAGUACGCGCCUCUUCGUGGCCGACACGCUGAACCACCGGAUUCAAGUGUUCAACAAGUUCAGCCUGGAGGCAUUGGGCGCACUGCGGCUGCCCGCGGGCGCAGCAGUGUCGAGCCUCAGUGACCCUAGCGGCAUGUGCUGCCUUGAGGCCCAUGGUGUCACCACACUGGUCGUUGUGGAGUACACGUUGGACCGGCUACUCAAGAUCGAGCUGGGCCCGGAGCUGGGUUUGCCUUCCGCACGCUCGGUGAAUGAGCUGGCGCCGGGCACCUUCUACGGACCCUUUGGGGCGGGCAUCUCGCAGGGCCGGAUCAUUGUCGCAGACAGCUGCAACCAUCGCUGCCUGGUGCUCACACUUGGCGGGCAGGUGCUUUUCGAGUUCGGCGGCCGCGGCCAGGGCCCUGGACAGUUCGAGUACCCCGAGUGCGUGGCCACCUUCCGGGAUGGCUUCGUGGCGGUCAGUGACAAGGACAACCACCGUGUACAAGUCUUCAGCGAUGGGGGCGCCUUCCAGCACUUCAUCCCAAACAACUGGGUAGCCUUGCCAGGCCCUGUGCAAACAGUGCAAGCAGGAGCCCUAUCGGGGCCCAUGGGCAUGUGCGUCGAUGCCCAAGAUCGCCUCUUCGUCUGUGACUGUGGCAGCGACCGGGUCCAGAUCUUCAGCCGUAGCGGCGAGUUUCUGCAGCCCAGCCUAGAAAUGACAAUCCUUGCCUACCUUGCCUCUAGUGCGGGGGCGGUGCCGAAGCGACGUUAA